AUUGGAUGGAAUGAGAGGAAAGAAAGUAAUUGCCUAUUGGGUGGGUCAUUAAAUAGUAAUUAAUGAAUUAUGGUUGCUUUAUUCUUUGUGUUUUUUUUACAUAUGCCAUAAAUGUCUCCACUGCCACAACCUUAAAUUGCUUAGCCGAUGGACAAACUCAUAUACCCACAGACUAGAGAGAUAUCCUAUUACUGAACAGCUUCAAUUGCCUUAAAUUUGGAAACUCACGCUCCAACUUCAAGAUGCUAAGUAAAAGACAUGAAGCUGCAAUAUCUUUACAAAUCAAGCAAGACGACAAGUUCUUCACUAGAAUCAUGUCUAAAGAAACCUCCAUGGCUAAUUCUUCUUGCAGGAUUUACUAUGGUGGAGCUUCAGGCGCAGUUCCUUUCAUGUGGGAGUCAACACCAGGUACUCCUAAGCACAAUUUUGCUGAUAACUCUGUUCCUCCAUUGACGCCUCCUCCUUCAUACUACUCAACUUCUAAAUCAAAAUCUACGUACAAGAGAUCGGCAAAGCAAAAUCCCUUGAGCUUUAUUUUCUCUAAGCUUAUCUCGCAAAAUAGUAAAAAGUCUCAUGUUUUGCCUUCAUCUUCGAUGUCUUCUACUUCAACGCCAUCUUUUUUGUCCCCAUCAAAUUUUAAGAACUCAAAAUCGCGAAAUCAGCCAUUUUUUCUGUGUUUAACGUCUCCUAUUCAUACAAUUGAUGAUGAAGAAGAUGAUGGCGACUAUAAUGAGUAUAGAAUUAAACCGCCUACUCCAACAUUGUGCUAUGGUUGAUAAAGGUAAAGCUUUGAUUGUGUUUAGAGAUUGCUAUAUCUAUGGAGAAAGAAGAAGAAGAUUAAAACAUUAAUUCUUAAUUAAUUAUUAGAUAUGGUGUGAAUAAUUAGUCUGUAUUUCAAGUAGAAUCUUGUUUCUGUUCAGUGUUGUAUUCUUUUUUUUUGGUAAUUAAGUAUGAAAAUCUUCUGUGUGAACAUCUCGUUCAAUGUCAAAGCAUUGUUCCAAGAUUAUAUAUUCUCCAUAUAUAUGUUUUUUCUAAA